GGCUCUGCUUCUUCCUGACCGCCACCAACGUUAACGUCGUACUCUUGCGUCCAGGCUGCGACGGGAUCGUUCUUCUCCUCUUCCUCUCUCUCUGCGGACACUCCUCCUAUUGCACCCCAAUACGACGACCUUCAUUCACGAUAACUCUCUCCGUCGGACACCAACCACUGACUCAUGUUAUCGAGUCCAGCCCCGACGCCACCCGCCGGAAGUCGAGCAAUCGCUGCAAACGCACUCCGCAAGGCUGGCCUUAUGGACCGCGACGAGCGUAUGCGUGAUGCGACCGACAAACCAGGUGGUCGCAAGGGCACCACCAAAGCUUCGCUACACAAGACCCGCUCCAGCCACCGGCCUCGCGUCAUUCAGUCCGUCCUCGGCAAAGACCAACCCUCUUCCUCAAUGCGUGAUCCUAUGCUCGCCAUCCGUUGUGGCAUUUCACCCUCAUCCCUCCUAAAUCUUGAAGUACACCCUAGCUUACAUUCUUAUUCUUCCCCCUCUUCCACCCUCGUCGUUGUCGCCUUGUCUUGGCUGCUCAUCAAGCUGGCUGCACGCGUAGCUGCUUCAGCCGCAGGUGACGGUCUCUCAAUACGCGGCGCCUCGAGAACGGCGGCGAUGGCGGGUCGUGGCCGCAGGAAUGCCAUCUCUCUCAACGGCCGUUCAUUUGCACCUGCUGCAGGAAUGGUUGAAUUGUGGAAGCAAUUUGUUGAGAAGAGAUGGAAUAAAGAGGGCCGUUUUGUCAACCUCGAACGUAUGCUUGAUGACGAGUUCAUUGCAAGGCAUAACAUGACCCCGCUAGGUGCCCCAGGAAGCUCAGCGAGAGAGGCUGCGGUUAUCUUCAAGCACAUCAAGAGCUUGAAACCUGAGGUCCAAACGCUCUCAUUGGCGCACAAUAAUAUCGGAAACGGUCAACUUAUAGCAACGCUUCCCCAUUACCUUCCUGGCCUUCGGAAUCUCUCGUUGGAAGGCAACCAGCUGAAAACCUGGCGAGACUUGGAUUAUAUUACUGGACGUAGGGGGCGUCUGGAACAACUUCGAGAACUCAUCCUCACAGGAAACCCCGUUCGCGAACUUGAAUAUCAAAAUAACCGAGCCGAGAAAUUCAAGAGCGAGAUUUCACGCCGAUUCCCCUCAUUAGAGAUGCUCGAUCAGGAACCUAUAACAAAGAUCACCUUUGAUGUCCCCGCUGCGUCUUCAUCAACUUCAAUACCAAAAUCGGCUGCACCGACAACAUUCCCAAAUGAGAUGGGACCUUCAUUCGUCACUGGCGUUCCCGGUAAUAUCGUUAGCGAUUUCUUCGUACGAUUCUUCCCGCUAUUUGACAAUCAACGUGCAGCACUGCUCGAUGUCUAUCACCCAUCCGCCACCUUUUCCUUCUCAGCAAAUACUAGCAUACCUACACGAGCGCGGCUGCAAGGCCAUCAUCACUCGAAGGAGAUGCCAAAUCAGAGGAAACUAGAAUGGCCGCCUUGGUUGAAUGGUGGAUUGGGUGGAUCAAGAAACCUAAGUAGGAUGCCUGGUGGCGUGGAGAAGAUGGCGAAGACGUUGCAUAUAGGGAACGAGGAGAUCAUCAAGGCGAUAGCGGAUCUUCCAAGUACAAGACACGAUAUAGUCGGUUCACCAGACAAGUUCUGCGUGGACGCUUGGCCGGUAGUGCAUGGAGAUACUACCAAUUUGUUCAUCACCCUUCAUGGGCAGUUUACCGAACUGCCAUCAGAGGGUAUUAGGUCGUUUGACCGAUCUUUUGUGUUAGCCCCCGCGCCAGAAGGCUCUCGUGCAAAGCAGAAUGGUUGGCAGGUCGUCAUUCUGUCGGAUCAGCUCUCCGUGCGAGCGUAUUCAAGUCAUGAAGCAUGGAAACCCGGUCCGAUGCGAGUACAAGCGGGUGAAAAACUAACCUUCAAGUCGCUAGCCUCAUGGAUGUCUUCCUUGAGUCCGCAACAACAAACGCAACUACAGGACGCCGUCGCGUCGAUCCCCGAACCACAACGUACACAAGUUCUCGAAGUGUGUCAACGGACGGGACUUACCGUCCGGUAUUCCAUUGAUUGCCUCCAGGGCAAUGCUUGGGAUCUCGAGAGGGCGAUAGCGAAUUUCGAGCAAGUCAAGACAACUUUACCACGAGAUGCAUUCCUGUGAUGCGUUCUUGAUUUUAACGACGUCGACCGUGGUCUCUCAUGAUCGUCCGGACCUUGCAUCUCACCGUUUUGGCUUGGUGACAUGCAUGUACAUGGCUUGCUAGCGGUCCCGACCUCGUUCCCGCGGCUUCCGACGAAAGGUGUUCUUGGGGCCGCUCGCAUGUUUCAUGUUCCACUCAACAUCCAUUCAGACAAGAAUCCAGAACCGAUAUCAUUUCCGGAUACUUUCCCUCUCACUUUUCUUCCCUGACGCAUAUUAUUUCUUAUCACUGAAUUUCUUCUUUUUCUUUUUCUUUUUCAUUCCUGCUCGCUCUCCCACUCCCACUGCAAUAAAGCCCUAUGUAGCACAUGACACUUCUGCAUGACAUCACCUCCACCACCAUAUUCCUCAUAAUACAGUAUCUCUCGCAUAUCCAUUUCAUUCUUCCCAUCUUGUCUGUCGCACCUACUCAAAUAGCAUUAGUACAUACAACUAAAGGCUCCUCUCCGUAACACGUACCAACUUGCCGCAAUUCAGUAAAACGUCCUGAAUAAAACAAACAUGAAUGAGCCC